GCGAACUUGACAUGCUGGACACGCCUUCUGAAAGUUGAAGAAGUUCAUGUUGCUCGUGUUCAUCAAUAUCGAAUUCCCACUUGCUGUCGGGAUUAAGCAAUGCGCAAUGUACGCUCGCUUGCAACACCUUCCUCUGCGUGCGUUCGGAAAUAACUGUAUUAUUCACGAAAGUGGUGCUUCAGAGAGAUCUCCGUGAACGCAGACCACCGGUUUGGUGACAGCGAGCUGCAGGCCAUGGGCGACCCGGGGGAUACCAUUGAACUCAAGAGGCAGCAGAACCAGGCGAACAAGGAUGCGGAUGGAGAGGCCAGUGCCCAGGUGGUCGUCCGCCAUCAAGACACGCUCGCUGUUCCCAAGGGAUCGCCCUCUCACCUCUUGCCCUCUUCGCUACCUUCCCCGCGAGUUCUGCUCCCCAUCCUGACAGUGUUGAGCACCAUUCUCCUCAUCUAUCCCAAUUUGUUCGCCCUAAAUACCCAUCCUGCUCUAUCCCUCUUUCCAACCGACAUCAACGCGCGCUUCUAUCUCAAUCCAAAUGCGCAUAUACACCGGCCUCCAAGGGUACAAAGCUACGACUUUGUUGUCCGCGAAGAGACACGCUGGCCGGACGGCGUCAAGAAGCAGGUCUUUACCAUCAACGGCAUGCUACCGGGGCCAACGAUCGAGAUGCGCAGUGGGGACACGCUGAGGAUCCGGCUGAAGAAUGAACUGAACGAGGGAACAAGUUUGCACUUCCAUGGACUGUGGCAUCCGGAUGGAACCGUUUCACAGGACGGUGCUAUCGGUCUCACGCAAUGCCCUGUUCCACCAAACGGCACGACAACAUACGAGUUCCGCACCGACCCCUUACAGUCCGGCACCUUCUGGUACCAUUCGCAUCACGCAACCCAACGCGCGGACGGUCUAUUUGGCGCUCUCAUUCUCCAUCCCCCAGCUCCAGAGGGUCACCGAGUGCAUCAGGAGCCAAGAUGGAGUAGAGUGGGUGCAGAGCUGGGGCUAGGAAAGAGAGAUGCACGGCAGUCUGGCCCGGAUGGAACCAAGUGGGACGAAGAAAUCGUAUUGCAUAUUGGAGACUGGUUUCAUAGAACUGGGAAGGUCAUGUUUGACUGGUACUGGAAUAAGGGCAGUGGCGGUAAUGAGCCCGUUCCAGACAAUGCCCUUGUAAACGGCAUCCAAUUGUAUGACUGCCCACGCUCUAUCCGCAAGAUCACCUGCGACGCCUCUAAAGGCACACGUCCUACAUAUGCGCUACAGGUCGACAAGGUGUAUAAAUUGCGGUUCAUCAACACUGGCUCUCUUGCGCAGUCCUUCAUCUCUGUUGACGAGCACGAGCUAUAUGUGGUCGAAGCCGACGGGACCGACAUCGAGCCAGUUACUGUCAGGGAGCUAGCAGUCGCCCCAGGACAGCGAUAUGCAGUGAUCCUGCGGUAUGUCGGUGACAUGCCACUUGAGGCUGGCGCCAAGUUUUGGCUCAGGCAUAGCCUGGACCAAAGUUGCUUCAAGUACCCGAACAUUGCUCUUGACCCCACACCGAAGGCAAUCAUUCACUACAUUGCACCCCGCACUAUCACCUCCAUGCUAAGCGGUCUCAUUCCUACCUCUCCGUCCCACAGCUCGAUCGAUGUGGCCGCCGAUCCAACGACAUAUAAAUGGAACAUCACCGACGGAGAAACAUUCGAUGCGCGCACAUUGCAACCGCUCCAUACCAGUGAUCGGGUAUUACCGCAACCAACAAUGGAUCCGAUUGUGCUGUAUGUCACUACGGUCAAGUAUCCUCAGAACGGACAUCUGCCUUGGGGGCUUGUCAACAACACGUCGUGGAGGCCGAAUGAACAUGCACCGCUCAUGACACAGAUAGCGCCGGCGGACUGGGGGAGUACGGGACGGCCACGACCGGAUGGAUGGGGCCCACAUGAGUACGUCUACCAGACGAGCAAGAAUGAGAGCGUCGUUGUCGACUUGAUUAUCAAUAACCUCGAGGAUGGUCUUCAUCCUUUCCACCUUCACGGACACCAUUUUUGGCCGCUACAUGUCGCAAACUCAGCUCGUUAUGGCUGGGGCUCGUACAACUGGAACUAUCCUCCUUCCCUUCCCACGACAGCUCCGGCUAUGCGUGACACAAUGGUCAUCCCCCUGCGGUCAUACGCGGUAUUUCGCGUGAAAUUUGAUAGCCCGGGAAUGUGGUUGUUCCAUUGCCAUGUGCUUGUACAUCUGAAAAGUGGCAUGGCCAUGGCGUUCGACGUGAUGCCCGAUCUUGUUCCUGAAAAGGAACGGCAGAAAGUUAGGGAGAGCUGCGUUGCCUAUCAGGGCAUCCAGUAAGGCGCCUGUAUGCGCAUCGUUUUCUUAGGGAUGAUGUGUUUAGGGUGCUCCGUAAGAAUGUUGACUUAUAUCGUCUACCAUUCGGCAACGCGCAUGCGCUCCACUCAAGCAUCCACACCUGCAGCGUAAUAUCAUGAAUUCUUGCCAAAUGAAGAAUGUUGUGGAGGUUGUGCC